AGGGCGAACGGACCCGAUACCAUAACCUACCACAAUAUUGUACUUACUAAGUAUGUAAAUAAGGAAAUGGUCAGCUGAUGUAUUAAUUAAUGUAUACGACUGCAACCAAACGAAGAGGUUGUUGCAAUGGAGCUGCCUUUAAUCUCAUCAAUUCAACGUGUUCAAGUUUAUGAGACAAAAGCGCGUUACUACAUUAUUGGGUCCAACAGUACAGAGACGACGUUCAGAGUUCUCAAGAUUGACAGACAGGAGCCAAAGGAUCUCGUGAUUCAAGAUGACAAGCAUGUAUACAAUAAAGUGGACAUACGAAAGCUCCUUGAGAUGAUAGCCUCUGGAAAUGUUAAAGCUGGAAAGCAGAAGCACACAGGGGAGGGCUUCAUGAAAUAUGUGUCUGCAUACGGGAUAGUAGGAUUUGUGCGCUUUCUGGAGGGGUACUACAUGGUUCUGGUAACAAAGAGAAGCAUAGCGGCAGUCAUUGGUGGUCAUGUGACCUACAAGAUCGAGGAUACAGUGAUGCAGUACAUUCCCAACAUGCCCGCUGAUAAGUACAUGCACCCUGAUGAGCCCAGGUAUGUAAAGAUGUUCCAGAGUGUGGACCUCUCCAGUAACUUCUACUUCAGCUACAGCUAUGACUUGACUCACACUCUUCAGUACAACAUGGCUCCGUCCGUGGACCCCAAGUUUGGUGAACCCAAGCAGACGGACAAACACAAGAGCAAUGUGUAUGGAGUGAAGGUAGCACCUGAGAGAAACUAUGUGUGGAACAAGUACCUGAUAGAGCCAUACCAGGCCCAUGUACAUUCAGACUGGAUCCUUCACAUUAUCUAUGGCUUCAUAGCACAGUCUAAUAUGUACAUCUAUGGAAAGUCAGUGUACAUAACAUUGCUAGCACGACGUUCCAACCAGUUUGCAGGACCACGAUUUAUGAAGAGAGGAGCUAAUAGCCAGGGAGCGGUUGCUAACGAGGUGGAGACAGAGCAGAUUGUGCAGGACAUGUGUGUGACCCAGCUUCACAAGGGACGUAUAUCCUCAUAUGUACAGAUGAGAGGAUCCAUCCCACUGUACUGGUCCCAGGACAUCUCGAAAAUGGUUCCCAAACCAGCUAUAACUGUUGAUAAGCGUGACCCGUACUUCCACACAGCUGGGCUGCACUUCAACCGUCUUCUAUACAGAUAUGGAGCUCCUGUCAUACUGCUGAACCUUGUCAAGCGUCGUGAGAAGCGUCGCCAUGAGGGCCUGCUGUGUGACGAGUAUAAGGACUGCAAGGCCUAUCUAAACCAGUUCCUACCGCCUGACAAGCAGCUCAUUUACAUCGGCUUCGAUAUGGCGCACUACACCAAGAAGUAUGCAAAACACACCAAUGACGUGUUUGACCGUCUGGCAGGGAUAUCCAGGUUCUGUGUCAAGCAGACUGGUUUCUUUUUGCAACUGCCACAAUUGAGAAGUGGCUUCUGGGAGCAACCAGAAUAUGAUGGCGUGAAGGGAAACAAGACGGAGUCUGGGUGCAGACAGACAGGUGCUGUGCGAACCAACUGUGUGGAUUGUAUAGACAGAACCAACACGGCACAGUUUGCUGUAGGGAAGUGUGCAUUAGGAUAUCAGUUAUGUGCCCUUGGUGUUCUACCAGUCCCUGAUCUCGACUUUGAUACAGACUGUGUCACGAUGUUGGAAGAGCUGUAUGAAAACAUGGGCAACACGCUGGCCCUUCAAUAUGGAGGUUCGCUACUCGUCCACAGGAUUGAAGGAUACCGCAAGAUUGCACCAUGGAAGGCGCACUCUGUGGACAUAUUCCAGACUUUGUCUCGAUACUACAGUAACGCAUUCUCUGACCUAGAGAAGCAGCAGGCUAUGAACGUGUUUCUGGGGGUGUUUGUUGCCCAUGACAACGAGCUCAACAUCUGGGACCUGCCCACUGAUUUCUACCUUCAUAACCCCGAUGCAGCGGGCCUGAAAAUGCAUAGAAAAAGCUACACCAUGUGGUGUGAUCCUGCAAUCUUCAAUCACCUGCCUCUGCCCUUUGAAGAAGCCUGCAAGCCCUGUCAUAGCCUGAUACAGGUGUUAUCUAGAGAAGACGAGGCUGUCAAUGUGCUGUUUGAGAACUACAAGCCGUACACACUGACAGACAUCAAACGUCUCGCUCAGGACAUGGAGAAAGUCAUAAGAAACUACAGGCAUAGAAUCUACCGCAAUCCGAGUCCAUUUGAGAGGCGGGCCAGUUUUGAUGGCAAAGACAGUAGAUUUGCUGCUUUAUCCAUUGGAGGAAGUAGUUCCCAUCAUCAUCAUCAUUCUGGGAAAUUUAUGUUACAGUCAGCCAGCCAAGAACUGGGUCGCACGAUCAGUGUGAAGGACUCCACUGCUUCCACGACGUCAAACACAUCGAAAUCAUCGGAGGACAGCUCAAGCAGCGCUAGUAGCGUGGAGGGGGAUAUUGUCACCUCCAGUUGUAGUGACGAUGAAAAGUCCCACUUUAAACACCGCGUGGCCAAGGUCAGCCACCCUGAGCCUAACGUGUAUGACCUUGACCUAGCCCAGUAUGAGGAAGAUGAGUUUACACAGGAGUUGUACAAGAGGUAUGUUGACAUUGGUGCUGCUGACCAGAGUAAACUGUCGGAGAUGAAGGUGCCGCACCUCAUGGCUUCUCCUAAAAUCGAGCCUCUAGGAGAGUAUCCUGGUGACAUAUACGGUGUGGAAGAGCCAGAGGUCAGCAAGAGGUCCAUGGAUGUCUACAUCCGCUACGUGCAGUGUGGCCUGGGAGGCGCCAGUGAGCCGUCUGCUGCCAACAAGGAGAUCUAUCGCAACUACAUACGCCAGCUCUAUAUGUGAUGUACCAGAAUGGACCUACAUAGGCCAGCUCUAUAUGUAAUGUACCAGAAAGGACCUACAUAGGCCAGCUCUAUAUGUAAUGUACCAGAAAGGACCUACAUAGGCCAGCUCUAUAUGUAAUGAACCAGAAAGGACCUACAUAGGCCAGCUCUAUAUGUGAUGUACCAGAAUGGACCUACAUAGGCCAGCUCUAUAUGUAAUGUACCAGAAAGGACCUAUAUUUGAGGGCUCUAUUUUAUCUGAUGCACUACAUGUAGAGUGGACCUACAUACGCCAGCUCUAUAUCUGAGGUACCGAAAUGGACCAAGCAACUGCAUACGCCAAUUUUUUCUGUGAUGUUUCAGAAUGGACCUUUUAUUGACAGCUCUUAAUUUAAUGUACCAGAAUGGACAUAGUGUUACAAAUGACAUAGAUUAUCGAUUUUAAUUCACUCGUGAUCAUAAAAAACAUUUAUUUUCUAUGAUCACUCGUGAAUUGAAAUGGAUUAUCCACCGAUUCCAACAAAUUUUCUUUUUAUUUUAUGCCUUUUUUAACAGUUUUUAUACAUUGUUAAAGAGUUUAACUAAAGAAUUUCGCUGCGAUAAUGACGUCAUUUCGUCAAAGAAAUGACGUCAUUUCACAGUAGACAGUGAAAAUUAUCGAUAAUUUUCACUGAUAAUUUUCAUUGUUUGAACAGUGAAAUAAUCAGUUUUAAUUCACUGAUAUUUCCCUAUAAACCACCGGAAAGCAUAAAAUAAAACUCAAUAAUACCUGAAUGGAUCUACAUAUGCCAGCUACAAUCACAAUGGACCUAUGGGUACAUACCCCAGCUCUUUAUGUGAUGAACCAGAAUGUGUUUGUUGGAAUAUAACGACAGCUCUAUAUGUGAUGAACCAGAAUGUGUUUGUUGGAAUAUAACGACAGCUCUAUAUGUGAUUGACCUUAAAGGACUUAGUGGUGCACAUUUCAACUCUAUAUGCAAAUGUGGAUAGUUGUCAUUCACUAAGAGCAUCCAGUCUGUGUUAUGUUAUAUAUCAGGUUUUUAAGCACACCAGCAUAAAAAAGUAAGUUAUGUUUUAUAUGAUGCAUCAUUAGUAUUUACGAUAUUUGUUACAAGAAGAUUGCCUUUAUUUAUUGAACUAAUGUGAAACUAACACAAAAUAUGUGAUAUUCAAGUUUUCUCAGACAUGUCUGACAAUUUUCAUGGUGUCUUAGGGUGCAAUAAAUCAAUGCAUGUGUGCGCUAUGUAUGUGCCAUAAUUGUUGAUAUCUAAAUACUACUUUGUUGUUGACAUUGAAAUAUUGACUGUAAAUUAUAAAUUUAAAAUAAAAUGAGUGCAAAAUG